UACGGGAUGUGGGCAGUGUUUGGAGAGGGAGAAUGUGUCAGACAGAGGGUAAACAUUGCACUGAAAACACUCACAGACACGUUGACACACAGUUUAUUCCAUAUUUUCACUGGAAAAUUUAAGACAACUUGUCCUUGCUCCACAGCUCCCACUAAACAGGAUUGCAUAUCUCGCCAGCCACCUCCACCAUGGUGCUCCUGUGCUUUGCUGUGUUGGUGCUACUGUGGUGUUUUAACUCUGCCUCAGCCACUGUUGUAGCUGACUCGGACUAUGGAGGUGUUCCGCUGUGGGUUAACCGCCUGCUGGGGGAGCCCAGUGUGCUGAGUCUGCAGGGGCGAAUGGACCCAGCCUGGUUCAGAGCCAACAACCCGCAGGCCUGCCCACAACAAUGUGACUGCCCCAUCCAGUGGCCCACAGCAAUCUACUGUGACCACAGAGGCUUGGCAAAUGUUCCAAACAGCCUGCCAAACAAAACUCAGUACUUGUUUCUACAGGGCAACAACAUCACCUCCUUGUUCACUUCUGUACUGGCCAACAUUACCGGGUUGCACUGGCUCAUUCUGGACCGCAACAAUCUGCAGAACAAUAAGCUGGACUCAGUGGCUCUACAGAACCAGACCCAGUUGAGGUACUUUUUUGCCAACCACAACCACCUCAAAUCAGUGCCUAGUGGGCUACCAGCAGGACUCAAGCAGCUGCGACUGGCCUACAACCAAAUCAGCAGCAUUAGCCCUGGAGCCUUCCAGAACAUGCACAACCUGACACUGCUGCUGCUGCAGGGAAACAGGCUGCAAACCAUCACUGAGGGAGACCUCAAAGGUCUGGACAGUCUGAAUCUGUUAGAACUAAGUGGGAAUUUGUUCUCGUCUGUGCCAGGACAUUUCCCUUCUUCUGUCCAACAGCUCUAUCUGUCCAACAACUCUCUCUCUGGGCUGGACAGCGACAGUUUUGAGGGGCUCCUCAACCUUAAGUACCUACGUCUAAGUCACUGUGGCUUGCUAAGUGGUGGCAUCCACCCAUGGGUCUUCAACUUCUCCAGUUUGGUGGAAUUGGACCUUUCAUACAACAAGCUAACUACCAUCCCCACAGUCCCGAGCACCUUGCAGUACCUCUACCUGGAAGCCAAUGAAAUACAAGAGUUCAACAUGACUAGUUUCUGCAGAGAGGUGGGACCUCUGUCCUACUCCAGAAUGAAGAUCCUGCGAUUGGACGGAAACAGAAUAUCGUACCAUCAGCUGCCUUCUGACUGGAUCUUCUGUCUACGUGUGCUUGAAAGUAUUUACGUCUGACUCCGCCCACAACUACGGCAUAAUACCGAUCGAACCCCAAUUACAAAGCAAAAACAGAGCUCAACUUGUUUUUUUAUUUUGUGAACUCAAACAACUCGGCCUUAAGCCUGAAACCAGAAAGGAGGACUCAUUUAUUAUGUCUUCAAUAUGUAGACGCACAUCAGACGCUGGAGAGAAAACCGACUUUCAAAAGAUGCCAAAGGCUGAACUCAUACACUAAAUCAGUGUUAUUUUAUCAUAAUGCCAAACCUUCUGAUCAAAACAUGUUUCAUACCACCAGUACUUUCCCUUGGGUCGCUCUCUCUCUCCCUCUUAUCCCAUCCUUUUUAAAGUUUAGCCGAAGCAGGGUUGUACAUCUGUGUGUUAUUAGCAAAUAGGAACUGUGACAAACCCUCUCAUUUAUGACUCUACAGAAUAAUAUGCUCUGGUUAAAGUGAGCUGUCUUGAAAGCAAAUGGAAAUAUGUAUGAAUGGCAAAAUUCAGUAGCUUUUCCUUGAGUCAGUGUGCUGGGCAGCGUAAAACCGCCACACCAGUCCACUUCUGGAGCUCCGUGUCAUAUGAACAUGUUUUGAUUUUUGUGGUUGAUGAUGCUAUUAUUCUGCCUCUGUUCGGUGAGCUCUAUCAAGCAAAACUAUCAGACCUGACUGAGGGACUAUUUCUUUCUCUCUCUCUGAGAUGAGAGAGAGUAUAUGAAUAUGUGUGCAUUCAUUGUUCAAAUUAAAUAAAAGAA